CGGCGGGGUGUGCGAGGUGCCGCUGCCGGGCCCGUCAGACUGUGUCGAGUGAGGACGGAAUGGCCAGCCCUGCGGUCAUAUGGUUGUCGGUCUGCCUGCUGCCCAUGGCGGUGUGGGCGUCCGGCGAGCCGUGCGCCGGCGGCGGCUCUGCCCGCGGGCACGCCGACAACCAGACGAGCUGCUCGGUGGCCGGCGAGGAGUACCGCCACGCGCCGCCGGCGCUGCUCGCCAGGUGGCGCCAGUUCGUGUCGCUGCGCACCGUGCAGAGGAUGAGGAGUCACGUCCACCACCUGGCCAGGAGGAAAAGGUCAGCGGGUCAGGGGGAGCAGCCCGCGCGGGACGGGUCGCCGCCCUGCUGCCAGCCACGCAUCCACGUGAUGCUGCCUCUGUCUGCCAUCGCCAGCGGUACAGGCCGGCGCGUUGCGGUGGCACAGGCGCCGCCCACCCGCGUGCAGCCGGUCCUGAUGGCCUCCUGCGACUCUGACCGGUGUCCGCAUACAAACUCCACGUGCACCCAGGUGUACGCGCCCCAGAUGCUGCUGCGGGUCGACGGCCGGCGGCUCGUCUUUGACCUGAUGGACAUCGAGUCCGGCUGCCGGUGUGAGGCUGGUGGAGCCGGUACUGCCACUACCACAGAGGCGCCGUUCGACGAGGGGCCCAGGAUGGCGGCCACGACCGCGGCAAUGCCGCCGCCGGGCGCCAGGGGACACGAGACCUCGGCUGGGAGUCCGGGGACCUCUGCUGCCAGUCCGGGGACCUCUGCUGCCAGUCCGGGGACCUCUGCGGCCAGUCCGGGGACCUCUGCUGCCAGUCCGGGGACCUCUGCUGAGAGUCUGGGGACCUCUGCGGCCAGUACCGGGACCACCACCACUGGUAACCCCGGCACCGCAGCACUGCUGACUGGAGCGCAGCCAGAGACGACGCCGGCAGUCGAUAUCACCGAACCGGCACCCGUGACGAGCACCGAGACAUCGACUGAGGAAGCUAGCACCACGACUAACGAGGCUUCAAUCACGACAGAAGCUGCCAUAAUAACAGAACAAGCAACCACGACGACGGGAGCCGCAACCGAGACUACGGAAGGCGAAACGAUUACAGAAACGGCUACAAGUACGCAGCCUGCGACUAAGACCACGAAAGUUGCAACCAAGAGCACGAGAGCGGCGACUACAACCGCGGCAGCUGUGGCUACGAGCACGCAGGCUGCGAGGGCGAGUACGGAAGCGGCAACUGCGACUUCAGAAGCUGCGACUACGACCAAGGAAGCUGCGACUACGACUGCGAAAGCUGCGACUACGACCACGGAAGAUGUAUCUACGACCAAGGGAGCGGCAACCGCGAGCACGGGAGCCACGACUACGACUACAAAACCUGAGACUACGAGCGUGGAGGCUGUGACUGCGACUACAACUACGGAAGCGGUGAUUACGAGCACGCAGGCUGCGAAGACUAGCACGGAAGCGGCGACUGCGACUACGGAAACUGAAGCGGCGACUGCAAUUACUGAAGCGGCGACUGCUGCUACGGAAGCUGCAACCGAGACGGAAUCUCCCACCGUGACGCCAGAGGCGGCAGCGGUGACGUCGAGCACCGCUGAUGUGACGGCAGGGACUGAGAGUCAGCCAGCCAACUCCAUAGGGGGCGAUGUGACGUCAGGGACAGCCAGUACCACCGGCGCCCCGCGGGAGAGGACGCUCAUACCGGAGAGCCCGCGCCGACCCGAGUCCGACUCGCUCCUGACAACACCCAGCGCUGCCACUCCUGACAGCGGUGAAACUACUACGAGAGGCGGUACAACUCCUACUUGGUCAAUAGGAGCCGCCGCCACCACCCCAGCCGAUACUACACCGCGUGACUCCACUACAGCAGUACCAAGGAGCAAUACCUACGCUGACACUACAACAGUCAGCGUUACGGCGGCUGACGCUACUACAGCUGUUAUUACGACGGCUGGUAUUACGACGGCCGGCCCAACGACCACUGGCACUACAUCCGCCGACACUUCUUCCGCUGGCACUACCUCCGCUGGCACUACCUCCGCUGGUACUAAGGCGGCUGACACUACGACAGCCAGCCCUAGGACGGACAGCCCUGCUACUACUGACGCUGCGACGACAGCUGACGUUGCGUCGACGACCACCGGCGUUGCGACGACGACUAGGGACGGUGCGACGACUACGGACGCUGCUGCGGCGACUACGGACGCUGCUGCGGCGACUACGGACGCUGCUGCGGCGACUACGGACGCUGCUGCGGCGACUACGGACGCUGCUGCGGCGACUACGGACGCUGCUGCGGCGACUACGGACGCUGCUGCGGCGACUACGGACGCUGCUGCGACGGCUGACACUGCUGAGACAGUCUCCAGCACGACCGGUACCAGGGCGCUGCCUACGACGGAGCGGCCCGCCGGCACGACGCCGUUCGCUGCCGGUCCGCGGGUGCAGCCGACGCCCACCAGGCCGUCCUCCACCACCGUCACUGUCACGCAGACCGUCUCUGGGGAGUGCCGAGACGCGCCGCCACCGGACCCGGACCGCCAGCGGCCGCCCAUGGUGCUGGCCAUGUUCGCCGGGGAGGAGGGGGGUGGCUCGGACGGGCCCGGCCGCGGCCCGCUCCGUGGUGACAUGGCCCCGCGCGAGGAGGCGCCGCCGCGCCGUCGGCCGCCGGGCCGCGCGCCGCUGCUGCCCAGCGCCGACCACCAGACGCACAACAUCAGCCAGGCGCUGCAGCACCUGGCUGGCCUGGCCGGCGCGCUGCCGCAGUGGCCACUGCAGCCGUACCAGCUGACAGAGGACCACAUCCGGCUGGCCGGCCUGCUGGCCGCCGCCUACGGGCUCGGCAAGGCCGCCUGCGGGAGGGGUCCGCCGCCGGCGCACGGCUCUCCGACCUGGGCGGUGCCGCCGCGGCCGGGCCUGUCGGGCUGGGCGCAGGGGAUGAUGGGGUCGCCGCCGGUGACAGCGGAGGACCUGCCGUCGGAGGAGCCGGCGGGAGGAGAGGACGGGCCGGAGGACGAGGAGGGAGAGCGGGCGGCCGCGCUGGUGAUGCGACUCCCCUCGGCCGGGCUGUCGGGCCGCGCUGCCGACGGGUCGGCCCACCGGGUGGUCGGAGGGCACGCCAGCAGUCUCAUCAUGGACCGGAUGGGCGAGCUGACUGACGACCGGCCGGCGGCCGCGGCCCUGGCGCCGGCCGCCGUGCCGGCCGACCGGCUGAACGCUAUGCGGCUGGUGGAGGACAUCAUGGACCGGCACCGGAGCGCUCUGGGGGCGCUCUUCAGCGAGCAGCGCCAGCGGCUGGACGAGCAGCUGCGGCAGCAGCGGCGCGCCAUCCAGCGCACCUUCGACCUCGAGCUCAAGUACGUGGCCAACAUCCUGACCGCUAUGGGAUCGCGGGACAACCGGCCCACUCACGCAGACGAAGAUGACGACCAUGAGGAUUAUCCUGACGAAGCGAAUGAGUUUGAGAAACGAGGUGAAGGUGGUGAAGAUGAAGGCACAAAUCCAGAUGAAGACCCCCAGAGUGCGGAAACUGGAGGGGCGGACGUAUCACCGGCCAGUCCAACGGACGUCCCCGCCGGUUUAUCGACAGCCAACACUACUACCCCUAGUACGGAGGACAGUUCAACUCCCACUACAGAAGACACAUCGGGGGGCCUGGCGCGCGCGUCUACACCCAGCCCUACUGAGGUCUCCGAAGGCGUGCCGAUCACCUCGUCCGCCGGUGUUUUACAGUCGACCCCCGCUGUGACCCCACCUGCCUCCACGGCGCCUCCAGCCGCCUCCACGGAACCUCCAGCGGCCUCCACGGCUCCUCCAGCCCCAUCCACGGCGGCGGCGAGGUCGCAGCAGGCCUCCGACCGGCCGCAGUGCCCGCCGUUCGAGGAGGCAGCCGCGCGCCAGGCGCUGACCCGUGACGCGCGCGUUCUGGCCGACUCCCUGUUCCGGAUCGGUCUGGAGCUGUUCCAGGCGGUGCGGCCGGACGGGCCGGCGGCGCGCUCGGCGCUGCCCGAGUCGCUCCGGCUGCGGGCGCGCUCCAGCGGCGACCGGCAGAUGGCGCGGCUGGUGCGGGCCGUGGCCGGCAGUCAGGUGCGCUUCCAGUUCGCGCUGUCGGCGCUGGAGGGCCGCGCCGGCGCGCUGGACCGACUGCGGCGGCUGCUGCGCAGCGGGGCCGAGCGGCGCCGCGCGCCGGCCGGCCCCGAGUACAACCUGACCAUGGCGGUGACGGCGCUCACCUCCUGCUUCAUCGACGGCGUGCCCGGCUUCAGCGUGGAGAACAACCUGGACGGCGGGACGGCGUUUGCCCAGAUCCGACGGAACACGGCGCGGCUGCAGGAGCGGUCGGACGGCGGCAGCUCUGUGACGCUGCGCCUCUCCUCUGCCCUGGAGCGCGUCUGGGAGCUGUACCGGUUCCUCCUCAACACGUUCGUUGGUCGCGCGUCCAGCGUGCAGCUGCGCUCGGAGCAGAACCUGCGCGUGGUGUCUCUGCGGCCGGUGGAGCUGCGCGCCGAGCUGCGCCGCGCCGUAGCCGGGCUGAGCCGCGCCCGGCGGGCUGAGCUGCGCCGACUGCUGGCCGCGCUGGCCGCCGGCAGCGGCGAGCUGCGGCACGCCGUCUCCGAGCUGCGCCACCUGAUGGCGCUGCUCGCAGACAUGAGUGAUCUGAUGCUGACCUCCGGGCCGGGCGGCGGCGGUGCCGUGCAGACCGGGCCGGCGGCCGUGGUGCGCCACGUCGGGGACGCGCUGCUCGCCGGCCUGGACUGCCUGCUGAGCGCGCUGGCCGGCUCGUGGGCGCCGUCUGCCAGUCGGGAGCUCAGCGCGCCGACCGCCCCGGCGCCGGCCACCUGCCCGUCUCUGGAGGACUCGGCCGAGGCCAUCCUCGACAACAUGCCCGUGUUCGCCGAGAUGCUCUAUAAGAUCGGGCUCAAGUUCACGGGCGCGUUCAGCCUGGAGCCAGGCGCGCGCCGGGCGGCGGCCGUACCUCGCGUGGACGCGGCCGCCUCUGCGGCCAGCCUGCAGACGGAGCGGCUGGUUCGCGUGGUGGCCGGCAGCGCGGGCCGCUUCCGGCCGCCGCUGGCCGCCGCCGAGGACUACAUCUCGCUGCUGGACCGGCUGCGGACGCUGCUGGCGGCCGGCGCCGACCGGCCGGCCGCGGAGCCCGCCACACAGGACCACAACCUCACCGCGGCCGUGUCGCUGAUGACGGCCUGCUUUGUGGAGCACGUGCCCGGCUUCGAGCUGGAGCAGGCGGCCGGGGCCCGGGCGGCGCUCUCCGUGGUGAGCCGGAUGGAGACCGUCGAUAUCGAGGCGAGGAACGUGCCGGCCCAGGAGUCGUCUGUGGCGACCCGCCUGUCUGGCAUCAUGGUCCGCAUCUGGACCAACUGGAUCGCCAUGUUCAACAGCUUCGUCCGUCCGACCACGGACGUCCAGCUGCACCAGUCGACCAACGUGCGUGUGCUCUCGCUGCGCGACUCGGAGCUGCGCGCCGCUCUGCUGUCGGCCGUGGGCGCGCUGCGGCCGGCCGAGCUGACCGAGCUGCGGCGGCUGUGCGCCGCGCUGGCCGGCGCCGACUCGCGGCUGCAGCCGGCCGUCGGGGAGCUGCGCCACCUGAUGGACUACCUGGCCGAUAUCACCGACCUGCUGCUCACCACGGGCGCCGCCGGCCGGCAGGCGAUCGCCGCCGGACCGUCGGCCGUCAUCCGGCACAUGGGCUACGCGCUGCUGCACAGCCUGGGCUGCUUCUCGGCGGCGCUGGCCGGCGGGCGGACGGCCGACGCCUGGGGCACGCCGUCGCCGCCCACGGCGCCGCCGCCGCCGCCGCCGGCCGAGCUGGCUCGGUGUCAGCUACUGGAGGAAGCCAACAGCGACCCAGCCGUGCUCGGAGACCUGGAGGUCCUGAUGAAGGACCUGUUCGACAUGGGGCUGACGUUCUUCAGCCUGUUCAAGUCGGACCCGGUGUUCUCGUCGCUGUCGGUUGGCCGGGCGGCGGCCGUCGGCCCGGCGUCGGUCAGUGUUCAGAUGCGCUGGCUGAUGGGCGCCGUGCGCGGCUCGGCCGGCCGCUACCAGUUCCCGCUGCUGGUGCUGGAGCAGCACAUGGCGCCGCUGGAGCGGCUGGGCGCCCUGCUGGCGGCAGGCGCCGGCGGCGUGCCGCUCUCCGAGGCGCGGAACGACCACAACCUGACCGAGGCCGUGGUGGCGCUCACCGCCUGCUUCGUGGAGCACGUGCCGGGAUAUCACCUGGAGGAGAUCCUGGAGGCCAAGUCGACCGACACCGCGCCGGAGGAGCUGCCGCCGCGGCCGCCCGUCAGGCAGCGGGCCUCCGACAGCGGCUCUGUGACACUGCGCGCUGCCGACCUGGUGGCCAACACGUGGCGCGUCUGGCAGACGAUAUUAGGCGCGUUCGUGCGGCCGGCCUCUCUGGUGCAGCUGCUGCGCGAGCGCAACGUGCGCGUGCUGUCUGUGAGUCGGCCGCGGCUGCGCACCACCGUGCUCGAGGCUGUGUCUGCGCUGGACCGGCUGCAGCGCGCCGAGCUGGAGCGCGUCUGCCGGCAGCUGGCCGCCGCCGAGCUGCGCUUCGCCGCCGGCGAGCUGCGCCAGCUGAUGGCGCCGCUGGCCGAGCUGUCCCGGCUGCGGCUGACCAAGGCGCCGCGCGCGCGCCGCCAGGGCACCGCCGGACCGGCCGGCAUCGUGGAGCAGAUGGGCCGCGCGCUGCCGCACAGCCUGGGCUGCUUCCUGGCCGCGCUGGCCGGCGAGGAGGUGGACGGCGGGCCGGCCGCGCCGCCGGCGGUCACCGAGAUCCCGGCCACGGCGGCGCCGGGCGCGCAGCCCGUGCCCGGUCCGCUGCCGGCGGCACCGGCCGCCGCCGAGCCGCCGCAGGAGCCGCUCUCUUCACCCCAGGAGACUGACGGCGCCGACGGGACGCAGGAUCAGGAUCAGGAGCUGGAGGAGGGAGAGGAGCCGGAACAGGAGCACGGACAGGAGCCGGAACAGGAACUGGAAGACGAGAAGCAGCAAGGACAGGAGAACGGACACGAACAUGGACAGGGAGGGGACGGACAGCAUCCGGAGCACGAGCACGACCACGGUCACGGUACGGACGACCACGACCCGUUCCUCACUGAACAGGAGGUGGAUGUGGUGGACGAUAUACUGGCCGGACUGGGGUAGGCGCUCCAGAGGGAGGGGCGAGUGGGGCGGCCGGGGGAGCUCUGUGCGGAGCGCGGGGACGUGAAUCUGGGUGUCCGAGGCCGCUAUCAGGGUGGGUGCCUCGAGUCGGUGUUCGAUUUUACACGGGUGCCGCAGGGUCCAUUUUAGUGGCCCAGGAGCUGGCGCGGCAUGUUCAUAUAUUCACGGCCGGUGGGUGCUGUUUUUAUGGAAUGCAGGGGAUUGUGAAUUAGACCCCUAGUCUCUUGCGUCCGGGUGGGAUAUGGUCGUUACAAUUACAAUCACGAUUACGAGCGGUCACGAUUGUGCUAGAAAUACCUAGAACCGCCCAUCCGAAUGACACACUCGUUACAAUUCACUGCUGUUCUGUUAUAUCUGAAGUAUUGUUAUAUUGUUAUAUUAUAUAUUGCCGUCGUAAAUAAACUUCAUUCACACAUCUUA